UAGCAGACUGGACUUAGAUCGCCACAAUUAAAUUAGCACAAUUAAAGAGAGCGGAGAAAAGAUCGAAUCAGUGAGGACUUUCGAGCGGCUGAUCUCUUGAUGCCUCCAAAUAAAUCGCAUACGCGCGCGAGGAAAUAUCCGUGCUUUUAUUUUAAUCAUGACAUUAAGUUUUUCGUCCUUUUCCAUCAAAGACAUCCUCACCGGACGUGAUUCCCGGAGGAAGCCUGACACCGGGAGUACAGAGGAGCCUUGCGCCCCAAAGCGCAACAUCUGCACUGGACAUGAUACGAGAGUCCCAGAACUGUCUCAUCCAUACGCGGAUGAGAACCGCAUCCAGCCGGAGAGACUUCCUGCUGAUCUCAGUGUGACUGUUGGAAAUCUCCGAUCUGAUACUGAGAAGGAGGAGGCAACAAGGAAGCAGACUGAGCUCGGAGAAGUCGCUGCAGACCGGCAGCCACACAGUGAGGAGCAGGAUAAACGACAGAAAGAAGAGGCGAAGGCAGAGGAGCAGGAAUGUCACCACAGCGGGGAGACGCUCAGCUGCCCGUCCGAUGUGCAGCGGUGCAGGCCCGGUGCGAAGAAGCGCUCCCGGGCGGCCUUCUCUCACGCGCAGGUCUAUGAGCUCGAGCGCCGGUUCAGCACGCAGCGGUAUCUCUCAGGGCCCGAACGGGCCGAUUUGGCAGAGACGCUGAAACUCACAGAGACCCAGGUGAAAAUCUGGUUCCAGAACCGGAGAUAUAAAACCAAGCGGCGGCAGAUUGCGGCCGAGUUGGCGACGUGCAGCUCGCCAAAGAAAGUCGCGGUAAAAGUGCUGGUGAGGGACAAUCAGAAGCAGUACCAUCAGGCGGAUGGAGUACACAUCCCAAUGACUGUGCCACUUUAUCACCAGACCUACCAGUACCACCCCUGCCUGCACUACUACUGCCAGCCCUGGAGCAUCAACAGCAUGUCCUGUGGAGGGAUGCUCUGAAGCCCUCCGCUCAUUCAGAGAACACAUGGACAUUGUUUGUCCCAACUCAAGCUGUUGGCAGCCUCAUGCAUUGGAUGGAUGUGCAGGUUUUGACAGUUGUUGUUUGUCUUACAACAAGCCAGUUUAGCAUUUUGGCCUCUGAUUUGGGGUUCAGAAAAUGUAGUAUCUCUCACCACUAAAUUUAGAGAUAUUCUGCAAAUUGAUAUAAUCAAGGAAGUUGAAAUAAUAACAAUUAAAAAGCACUGGCUGUAAUCCUGCAGUGAAGAUUAGUGGGCAUACAGGAGGCAUUACAAAGUUCUUAAAUGACUGUCAAUUGAUAACAUUAUUUAAAUUAAUGUUUUAAAUAGACUCAGAUUUAAGUGUGGUUAUUACUUUGUAAUGAUUUGUAAGAAAAAAAUAAUUUAAAGACUAAAUGUUGUUGACUUAUUCAAAGUUCUGUUCCUGAUCUCCCAGGAAGUUUUUUUUUCAGAAUCUUAUAUUCUAUCCAUUUCAUUACAUUUGAAGACAAAAUUACUAAGGGACUGUAUUCAGUUUUGGAAAGGGUUAGAAAAAGGUGUACAUUAUGUUUUUGUUUGUUUAUUUUUUUUUAUUAUUAUUUUUUUUUUUUUGCUGAGGGAAGGAUGGUCUGAUAUGAGGAAGCAUACAAAAUGUUUAUUUUUAAAUCAGAUUUUUUUUAUUUCAGCAUUCCCUUGUGGGAUUGAUUUUGAUGAAAAAGUCACAAUGUUAUGUUCACAUUUUGCACAGUGGGUCAUAAAUGUGUGUUCUGCUAUAUGCAGGAGACAACAAUCUAGUCUGUGUUUCAGGGAUUUAUUUUUCCCCAUCACAAUCUUUGCAAAAAAAACCUCAUUUCAUCCUUCUCUUUCUUUUGCAUAACAAAAAGUAAGUUUUCACUUUUCUGCAUUUAAUUUGCUAAUCUGUGAAAGGUAUUAUUUUUAUAGAUAUAUUAAUGUUUGAUGUCUGCUUUGGAUUAUUAAAAAAUAAUUUACAGAGCUACAUUUUAUGAUAACGGAGAAGGUUAUUGGAGUUUGUUUUUUUUUUAAGUCAAGAGCAGGUUCCAAAUCAAGUUUUAAAAUUG